AUGUCAGAGCUUCAGAAUCGCCUCCUGUCGCUCGCCUUGGUCUCGGUCCUGCUGCUCGGUUCCUGGACGGCAGAUGGAGCCCAGAACGGGUCAGAGGUCAGUUUUCCCUUCGGCCGGGACGUCGUGGCGAAGGAGGGAUCCAGCGCCGUCAUCGAGUGCAACGUGACCGAAGGAGGCCGCAACGUCAAGUGGUUCAACUCUAAAGGAGUUCUGCUGGAAGACGACGGGGGUGGGAAGUGGCGGAUUGAAGACGGCGCCCUGAACAUCACCGUGGUUUCCUUCGCCGACCGCGGCCGCUACACCUGCGUCGCCGGCGGCACCACGAACUACACGGUGACUCUCCGCGUGGCCCACACCGACAGCGGCCUGGGGCUUUACUACGUCGUCGUGUGCCUGGUGGCCUUCACCAUCACCAUGAUCCUCAACGUGGCUCGGCUCUGCAUGGUGAGCAGCCACCUCAAGGAGACGGAGCGCGCCAUCAACGAGUUCUUCCGCACCGAGGGCGCCGAGAAGCUGCAGAAGGCCUUCGAGGUCGCCAAGCGCAUCCCCAUCGUCACCUCGGCCAAGACGCUGGAGCUCGCCAAGGUCACGCAGUUCAAGACGCUGGAGUUCGCCCGGCACAUCGAGGAGCUGGCUCGGAGCGUCCCGCUGCCGCCGCUCAUCCUCAACUGCAGGACAUCCCUGGAGGAGAACCCGGCAUCGGAGGCCGGAAACAGGCAGGCGAUCGGCCCGCCGAGCUCCGACGAGAAGGAAGAACAGGAGGCGCUGAUGUCAAGAGAAAGACGAGGCAAUGAUGGCGGCGGCGUUGACGUCAAAGUGUCGGUUCACACGGCUGCUGAGGAGAACGUUGAUGAGGAUAAAAUGUCUCUUGAUGCGCUCAAACCAGGUUCAAGAACAAGUGUUUCAUAUGAGAGCAACAUAUAAUCCGUCUCAGAUCCAGAAAUAGUUAAAAAAUUUAGGAUUUAAAGAUUCAGAUUUUAAAAGGAGAGUGAGGAGAAAGCAACCGGACCUCUUCCAGGUUCUUGAAGAUGUUUCACCUUCAUUCAAGAGGCUUCAGUCAGACAGAGGUGAUUGUGUUGAUGUCAAAGUGUCGGUUUCUGAGGAGAACAUCACUGAGGAUAAAAUGUGUCUUGAUGCGCUCAAACCAGGUUCAAAAACAAGCGUUUCGUAUGAGAGCAACAUAUGAUCCGUCUCAAAAACACAAGGCGAGUGAGAGAUCAAGAAGUCAUUCAAAAGUCAUGGUGCUCGUUAUCAUUUAGGAUUCAAAGACUCUGACGCUUUGAGGUUCCCGAAGACGUUUCACCGUCAUCCAAGAACUGAUGAAUGAAGGUCUUCAAGAACCUAAAAGAGAAGUCCAGUCGCUUUCUAUGAAGCUCCUAACAUGACCAAGACUUGGAGAAAUGAGAAUCUCCAUCGUGCUCGUCUUGUUCCGCUCUUAGUGUCGGGUCUGAAUCUUGUUUAAAAAAAAAACAGCUUUAAACUAAGAUGAUGAAGUCUGACUACAUCUGUUUACAGUCGACGUCCUCCCUGCUUAACAUUUACUUUCAUCUUCAGUCGUCUCUUUUUACUCAGCAGUGAUUUUGAAGAAGGUGCAACAGGUCAAAGUUUGCGUUUAAAUCCCUGCAUUUCCAUCAGUGCACCACAAAAUAUACUUGAGGGAUGAUAGUUUGCUGGCAUGCAUCGUGUUUUUAUUUGUGUUUUUUUUCCCUCUUCAGCCGAGUCUUUCUGCACGCAGUCGGUGCAGCAGCAGAUUUAGGAGCUCGUUAUCCUCCUUCAGAUGUCGUUUGCUGCUUCUCAUUCUGUUCGCUCUGACAGUCAGUCAGCUUCCGCAGAGCUGAAUGUCGCAAUAAAACGUCCUAUUUAUCGCCACGCUGAUUGUUUUCAUGUCAGUGCUCCCGUCAGUCAUUUAGGACUCAUGGGAUGAAGUGAAACAAUCCCUGCAACGCUUGAUUAUCUCCUCCGUGUCGGCUUUUGUUGAUCAGGACGGCAGUUGAACACGGGCUGGGUUUUGGGCUUUAACGUGAAGCAUUUAAAAUGAAGAAGAAACCCAAAAUAUUACAGAGAAUUAUUGAUGAAGCGAACGGAAAGCCACCUGCGAUUUUCACCUCUCUGGGUUUGCGAAGCAGUUUGACGUAUAAACAUGAUUAAUUUCACGUUAGAGCUCCGCAGCGUGUCAUCCGUGAUGGACAAUGUCUGAAACUUUGUGCUCAUAAAUAUGCAGGUGUAAUCGAUCACAUUUUCAGGGACUUUUCUUUUUUUUUUGAUGGAGUUUGGUCUGUAUUCAUGCUGAGAUUUAUCAACUCGGUUUGGCACAUUUAGCACGUUUAUCACCUGAAGACUGCAACUUCGUGAGACUUUAGGAAGACUAUUGAAGUACAGAAGAUGAAUAGCAGGAAUGUAAUGUUUUAUUUUGUUGAGAGUUUUGCACAUGAGUAGGUGGUUCAUAUCGUAGGUAAAAUAUCUCCAGUUGUUUGCGAUACUCCAGUGAAAAAAAGGACAUAAAAAUGUUUAAAUUGUUUGAUAGUUUCUAUAGAAUCAGAUUUUAACCCUGAAAUCAAUGUUGGAGGCCAAACACAUGGUGAGAAACCUCAACGUGCAGCUUCUUUACUGUGUCUCAGGAGGAUAUGUGAGAAAAUUGCAUUUAAAGCUGCAUAAACUGUGACUUGAAACUUGAAAACUACUGCUGAACAAAAGAGUUUGUGGUAACUGUGACUGUUUUGUAUGUGCUACAGAUACUGUACGGGUUUGUGGGUGGAAUGGGUUCAAGAGUGAAGGAGUUUUAAUCAUGAGAAGGGGAGCUGGAAGCACUUCAUUCCAGAAAAAACAAUCCUUUUACUGACUGCAAAUAAACACAAUCAAAAACUUGGA